GAACAUUUGUUAACCCCCGUGAAGACAAGCUGCGACCUGUCCUGAACCUUCCGGUGCUUUGAAUUGAUCGAUGAUAGCGAGGACCCGACGAUGGAAGCCGACGUCUUCGAGCGCUUUCGAUGCCGGGAUCAAUCAAACCCUAGCGGAGCAGUUGGCGGAGGAGGAGGAGGAGCAGAAGUGAUGGAGGAGAAGCCCUUCGCUGAUCAGCCGGAGGUGGGAGAAACUCCUGCUGGAAACGAGACGCCAGCUGCUGCUGCUGAAGAGGAAGGCGGAGGAAGAGCUGAGCGAGAAGGUCCGCCGGACGACGAUGUUUGUCCGAUCUGCUUCGGCGACUUCACGGUGCCGUGCAAGUCGGGGUGCGGCCACUGGUACUGCGCAAGCUGCAUUCUGACGUACUGGAGUUACAAUGCGACGCCUAGGCCUUGCAAGUGUCCCAUGUGCUCUCGCGACAUCCAUAGACUGAUACCCCAGGAAUCGUUGCAUCUCCUGCACGAUGAUGAAGUCGAUAAGGUCCUCAGAGAGGUCCAGCGGUACAAUCUCCUUUUCGUCGGGGGUGUACGCGGCGCUGUUCAGAAAGCCCGUGAGGUGCCAUUCUGCAUCAAGAGAUAUUUCCAGAGAUUUGUCAAUCGAGCGAUUGAUCCAGAUAGGAUGUUACCCUGCAAUGAAAUGCGUCUUCUCGUGACAAUACUCAUAGUCCUGUAUAGAAGCACGCCACUUCAGUCCAUUCCAACAGGGGGAGUAGACGUCGUCGAAAUAAUGUACCACAUUGGUUUCGUGCUCUUAGUCAUCCUUCGUUUGGUUGGAAUUAUCCGGAGCUUUCGACUUGCCCGACGUGCUAGACAACUGGGGGCCGCACAACCUCGCCAUGAUUGACUCCAUAAGCUCUUUUGUACAGAUUUAACAUUUGCACAAGAUUUCUGAGUGAAAAUUUGCAUUUUGUUAGGUAUGCACGAGAGCCAGUCGAGGCUUCAUUCAGCA